CGCUCGCUGCCCCCCAGGGCCUUCGAGCGCCUGGGCCGGCUGGAGGAGCUCUACCUGGGCAACAACCUGCUGCCGGCUCUGGCGCCCGGCACCCUCAGCGCCCUGGCCAAGCUACGCGUCCUCUACGUGAACGACAACGAGAUCGGCCGCCUCAGCGCAGCCUCCUUCUCCGGCCUCGGCAGCCUGGUCAAGCUGCGCCUGGACGGCAAUGAGUUGGGCUCGCUGGGUGACUCCACUUUCUCGGGUCUGCUGAAGCUGCUGUACCUGCACCUCGAGUCCAACCGCAUCCGCUGGCUGAGUCGCGGCGCCUUCACCGGCCUGGCCAAACUGCGCUUCCUCGACCUCUCUGGGAACCAGCAGAGCUCCCUUCGGCACCCCGAUAUCUUUGGGCCGCUGCGCUCCCUCCACACGCUGCUGCUGGCCAGCAACAGCCUGCAGCAGCUGGCAGGAGGGCUCUUCCAGCACCUGCCCGGCCUCGCGAAGCUCUCGCUCAGCGGCAACCGGCUGUCCCACCUGGCUCCGGAUGCCUUUGUGGGGCUGGGUUUGCUGAAGGAGCUACGCCUGGAGGGGAACAUGCUGAGCCACCUGCCCACUGCCCUGCUGGAGCCGCUGAGCAGCCUGGAGGCGCUGGAUCUGAGCCGCAACGCGCUGACCACGCUGCACCCCGCUGCCUUCGGCCACCUCACCCGCUUGCGGGAGCUCAGCCUGCGAGACAACGCGCUGGCCACGCUGCCCGGUGAGCUCUUCGCCUCCAGCCCGGCCCUGUACCGCCUGGAGCUGGAGGGCAACGCAUGGAGCUGUGACUGCCGCCUGCGUGGCCUCAAGCGCUGGCUAGGAGCCUGGCACUCCCAGGGCCGCCUACUCACCGUCUUCGUGCAGUGCCACCUGCCGCCCGCGCUGACCGGCAAGUACCUCGACUACCUGCAAGAUGCCCAACUGCUGCCACCGCCCGACGGCAGCGCCUGCCACGACGGCGCCUCCCUCUCCUCUGCAUCCCCUCUCCCACUGGCGCAGGAACAGCUCUGGCUGCUGCCAGCUGCCGAGGGCAUUGGUGGCAACAGCAGUGGCAGCCAUGGGCUGCUGCGUGGGCCCCCGAGGGUUCCGCCAUCUGCCUCCACGGCACGCUUGCUGGGGGCACCCGAAGGAGCUGCGGUGCCGGCGGGGUCCAGCCCCACACCACCGAUGCUCGCCAGCCUGGGAGGAUCACAGGCAGUGCCACCCAGUGCAGCAUGGCCCCGGCGCGCCGGCAAGGCCCGCGCAGCCGGGGGCCCGCCGCUGGUGUCCGACCCAUGCGACUUCAACAAGCGCUUCCUGUGCAACCUCUCGGUGGAGGCGGUGAGCUCCAGCUCGGUGACGGUGCGCUGGGCCGUGCGGCCGCACCGCAGCCCCCGGUUGCUGGGCCCAGUGCGCUUCCGCCUCCUCUUCGACCGCUUCGGCGCUGCUGUCAAGUUCCAGCUCUUCGUCUACCUGCCAGAGCGCAGCGAGCCGGCGACCACGCUGCAGCGCUGGGAACAUGGCUUGGCGAAGGAGGCUGGGGAGGAGAGGAGCGCAUCACCGCGUAGGUUCUUUGCCAUCCAAGUGUCGCAGUUAUCCGUGGCGGAGACUUCCCGAUGUGCGUUCGAUGUCGCGCGGCGAGCGGCGCUGUGCACAGAAGCACCUGGGGCUCCUCCGUGGCGCUGCGGAAGGUGGAGCAGGGAAGCGCCCACAGAGUGCCCGCCGGCCUGGAGACGGGUGCAGCGCCACGACAGGCCCAGCUUGAAGGGCAGGAGGAGGGUGUAUCAGUCUCCAGGAGCAGCUGUGGAAAAGCGGGACUUCUCCUGGAAGGCGAGGGCAUGGCAAGUGCAUCUCCCGCGACGUGCUCGCACGGGGGCCCUUCCAGCGAUGCCGUGGCGGAGCGGCCCAGGCGCCGGGCUCUUCCCGUGGCCCUCACUCCGCUGCCCACCAGGGCACGCAAGCUCCGGCAACGUCAGCAAAGGCCGCAAGGCCAGUCCUCCAAAACCCGAGCGUACUUCAGCAUGGAAGGGGAUCUGA